AUGACAUAGAAUGUUUGGCUCAUCCCAGGAGAAAACCCAGGAGAUGGCUUUUUAUGUGGUACUAAUGUUUAUAUCGUUGGCUAGGGAUAAAAGAGAUUUUUGAUAGAUGCUUGUCAUAGAAAUAACCUAAAAUUCCUGGAUAAUAUCAGAGUAUUUCUGAGAGAUCAAAACUGCUAGAUUGAACUUGGCCAUGCGUCACCUAUAGUACUGAAAUACGUAUGUGAUAAUUUAGAAACAGACUAAUUGAGAUUGUUCGAGCACCCUGAUCUUGCAUAAUAUCUUUUCAAUAUAAGAGAGGGGGAUGUGUUUCUAAUGGAUGACUGGAUUCUUAAGCCUAUCGAGACACCAGGGCAUAUAAAAGAUCACUUAUGUUUUCUUUUGGAAUAAAAGGAAUAAGAGACUAUACUAUUUACAGGAGAUCAUAUUAUUGGUUCUGAUUCAACUUUCUUUAUGGAUUAUCCAGAGUAUUUAAGAAGUUUGGAGAAAAUUAAGAGAAUGACAAAUGUUAAAAAAUUCCUGAUGGCUCACUCAAUGUCAUUUGAAAUGAAAGAUCUGCUAGUUGAUGCUCAAUAAAAAGUUUAAUAAUAUUUGGACAUUCGUAAAAGAAAAGAUGACAAGUUAGAGUCCUAUAUUAAUGUAUUUAUAUAUCAAUCCUUAUAAAAUACUUUAGUAACUGGAAAGCUUCACACAAGAAUAACUGAAAGGAGACUUAAGAAGUUUGUUGAAGAAUACAAAAUCAGGUUGGAAGGAGAUAGAUACUUUGUUGUUAAAUUAUGA